AUGGUGCAAGCUUCGUGUGCCCUGAUGGCACUGGCCAUCGCUGGGUUUGCUAUUGCUCAAUGUCCUCUUGCAGACCCAGGACGGCUAGCAUCAAGAGCCGAGGGCCAAGCAGACUCGUCACGGGCUCACCUAGAGCCUUAUGAAGUUGAUGACAGUCACGGAUACCUGACGUCCGAUGUCGGCGGCCCGAUUGAGGAUCAGAACAGCUUGAAGGCUGGAGAGCGAGGUCCCACGCUCCUCGAGGACUUCAUCUUCCGGCAAAAGAUCACUCAUUUUGACCACGAGCGAGUUCCCGAACGGGCUGUUCAUGCCCGCGGGGCCGGUGCGCAUGGCACCUUCACUAGCUACGGCGACUAUAGCAACGUGACUGCGGCUUCUUUCCUGGGCGCAAAGGGUAAGAAGACGCCAGUCUUUGUUCGCUUCUCUACCGUUGCCGGCUCCCGUGGAAGCGCCGAUACGGCACGGGAUGUUCACGGAUUCGCCACCAGACUUUACACAGACGAGGGAAACUUUGACAUUGUGGGAAACAACAUCCCCGUUUUCUUCAUUCAAGAUGCCAUCCAGUUCCCUGAUCUCAUCCACUCUGUGAAACCACGGUCCGACAACGAAAUCCCUCAAGCAGCGACGGCCCACGACUCUGCAUGGGACUUUUUCUCACAGGAGACAUCGACGCUGCACACGUUGUUCUGGGCCAUGGCUGGUUAUGGGAUUCCUCGAAGUUUCCGUCACAUGGAUGGCUUUGGUGUACACACCUACCGAAUGGUGAACCACAAUGGAGAAUCCAAACUGGUCAAGUGGCAUUGGAAAACGAAACAGGGCAAGGCGAGUUUGGUUUGGGACGAAGCUCAGCACAUUGCUGGCAAGAAUGCCGAUUUCCAUCGACAGGACCUGUACGAUGCCAUCGAGUCUGGCAACUAUCCCGAGUGGGAACUCAACGUUCAGAUCAUCAACGAGGACCAAGCUCUCGCAUUCGGCUUUGACGUCCUCGAUCCUACCAAGAUUAUUCCCCAGGAGUACGCUCCUCUGUUUCCCCUCGGCGUAAUGAGACUAGACGCCAAUCCCACCAACUUCUUUGCCGAGACUGAGCAGGUCAUGUUUCAACCUGGCCACAUUGUCCGAGGAAUUGACUUCACUGAGGAUCCCUUAUUGCAAGGCCGCAUUUUUUCUUACCUUGAUACCCAGCUGAACCGACACGGUGGUCCCAACUUUGAACAGCUCCCCAUCAACAGGCCCGUCGUUCCUAUCCACAACAACAACCGUGACGGCGCAGGCCAGAAUUUCAUCCACAAGAACACUGCUCCCUACUCUCCCAACAGCUUGAACAAGGGUUUCCCAAAGCAAGCCAACCAGACCACCGGCAAAGGAUUUUUCACGGCUCCCGGACGUCCAGUCACUGGGGCGCUUGGGAGACGCCGCAGCAAGACCUUUGCUGACCAUUGGAGUCAGCCUCGACUGUUCUACAACUCCAUCAAGCCCAUUGAGCAGCAGUUCCUUAUCAACGCCAUCCAAUUCGAGACUAGCCAUCUCAGCAAGGCCGUACAGCAGAAUGUGCUCACGCAACUCAACAAGAUAAGCCACGACAUUGCCGUGCGCGUUGGCAGAGCUCUGGGUCUGGAAGCCCCCGCUGCCGACACUGCGUACUACCACGACAACAAAACCGAUGGCCUUUCCAUCUUUGGUGAGGAGUUACCGACAAUUGCCACACUGGUCGUUGGCGUCUUGACCUCGACCCAUUCAAGCAGCUCUCUGGCCCAAGCGGAGUCACUCAAAAAUGAGUUUAAAUCCAGCAACGUCACCGUCGUUACUGUCGGCGAAACUCUUGCCGAGGGCAUCGACCAGACGUACUCUGCUGCCGACGCCGUUGCAUUCGACGGCAUCGUUGUCACCGACGGAGCAGAGAAGCUCAUCAACGGGAAAAAGUCUACUCUCUACCCACCUGGUCGCCCUGCUCAAAUUGUGAGAGAUGGUUACAACUGGGGAAAGCCUCUGGGCUUCCUAGGAAAUGCCGCCAACGUGAUUCAGGCUGCUGGCGCCCACAAAGGCUCGGGGAUAUACGCGCAGAAGAACCCAGGUGAUCUCGUGCGAGACUUUAAAAAGGGCCUUGCUACGUUCAAAUUCACCGACCGCUUUGCAUUGGACGGGCAGGAAUGA